AUGCCACAAGGUAGUAGCAUCAGAGCCAUCUGGAUCCUCAACAGCCUCGACGCCGUCGUCUUCUCCAGGAGGUUUCCGGUGGUUGAGAAGCGGUGGCGGGGAGCUUGCAAGACCGAGAAGGAGAGCUCUGGCGGCAAUGACGCUGUGUUUCCUUUACUUCCUAGUGAUUCCGAGCUAGCUGCUGCUUUUGUGGACAGAAAGAGAAGAGAAGGCUCUAUUCGUGGGUGUGGAAUACGUGUAAGUCAGUCAGCUAAAGGCUCAGAUUCUUGGGUUGAUGAUCCAAUUACACGUCAUAUAAUUGGAGUUUACAUGAGCAAAGAAGAGGGAGGGGAUGUCAAUAAUGAUAUAAAUAAUUUGCUGUGGCCUUUAGUCUUGCACACAAAGGGCCAAUUUUGCAUCCUGGUAUUGCCUUUGGUAGAGCCGAGGCAUGUGAGGGCAUAUGCAAGAUUAUGUACUAGAUCUGAUUGUGGCAAUGCUGUUGGUGUUGAGGACAGUAUAUCUUCCAUUCUGCUUGAUCUUCCGUCCAUCACAGGGGCAUUUAUGGUGGCACAUGCAAUUGGUGACAUAAUAACUGGAGAUGUGGUGGAACCUGAGGUAGUUGUCAGUGCAUCUCCAUCUGUAGGAGGUUUAUUGGAUUCGCUAACUGGCAGUAUAGGAAUAUCAAGCAUUUCCUCAAGAGCAAAACCUGUAGCUCCACCAGUUGCAUCCUCAAACCCCACUAGCAGUGCAGUGACUGGAACUGUGACAUCAGAUGCUAACAAGACUGGUUCUAGGCCAUUAGAUAAAGAUGUACUUCGAACUUUCAUAAGUAGUUCAAUGCCCUUUGGAACACUGUUGGAUUUGAGCUUCCCCAAUAUCAUUGCCAUUAAGGUUAAUGGGUUUUCGUCAUCAGAUCUUCCUCCUUCAGACCUCAAGCAACCGGCAUGGAAGCCUUACCUAUACAAAGGAAGGCAGAGAAUUCUAUUCUCUAUUCAUGAGACUGUCCAUGCUGCUAUGUACGACCGAGAUGAGAUUCCAGAUAGUAUAUCAAUUUCUGGACAAAUAAAUUGCCGGGCAGAGUUAGAAGGAUUACCUGAUGUGUCCUUCCCUUUGAUAGGGCUGAACUCAGAUAAGAUUGAAGUUUUAUCAUUUCAUCCAUGUGUGCAAGUUCCAGAACAAGGUGUUGAUAAGCAGGCUGUGAUGUUUUCACCACCAUUAGGUAAUUUUGCUCUAAUGCGUUACCAAGCAAUCUGUGGUAUUGGUCCACCCAUAAAGGGAUUUUACCAAUUGUCUAUGGUAUCCGAGGAUAAAGGUGAUUUUUUGUUCAAACUACGGCUAAUGGAUGGUUACAAAUCUCCUCUCACAAUGGAGUUUUGUACCGUAACUAUGCCUUUUCCAAGGAGAAGAGUUGUAUCUUUUGAUGGGACUCCCUCGGUUGGAAUAGUUUCAACUACAGAACACUCUGUUGAAUGGAAGAUUAUAGUGGGUGGGCGGGGUCUUAGUGGGAAAAGUAUCGAGGCAACUUUCCCGGGUAAAGUUCAGUUUGCACCAUGGAAACCCCAAAUAUCACCUCCGUCUAGUUUGGCAUUUGGAAGCAUAACUGAUGAAGAUAGUGAUAUGGAGACAGAUGGUAAUAAUUAUAGUAUGGUUAAUGUAGAGGAGUUCUUAAUGGAGAAAAUGAGCAAGGAUCUUCAUCCUGCCAAUCUGGAGGAGCCAUUUUGCUGGCAUGCAUACAACUAUGCCAAGGUGUCCUUCAAAAUUGUUGGAGCAUCAUUGUCUGGAAUGUUAAUUGAUCAGAAAUCUGUAAGCAUUUAUCCAGCUGUUAAAGCACCAGUGGAGUCCUCUACUCAGGUUACUUCUGGGGAGUACAUCCUGUGGAAUACAUUGGGUAGAUGCCCAUCUGCUGUACCAGUUACAAAAGUAUAGGGGGAAGAGCUCAGGAAUGUCAAGUGGGAAUUUGGGGAUAAGGGGGAAGCGCUCAGGAUAUUGGAUCUCAGGAAUGUCAAGGUGGGGAUAAGGGGGAAGCGCUCUUAUUGUCUGACUUACAGACAACAUGUUUAUCUCGUGUUAAAAGUCAGAUGCAUGAUGAGAGGUACGAAUUCUUGCUAUUUAUGAGCCAACCUCAGUUUGAAGAGAUGAGAGAUCAAUUUAAGUUGUAAUUCGUGAUGAAAUGGCCAUCAGACAUUAAAAAAUUUCAUGAGAGAUCAUCCAUGUAACACCAUUUGCGACUGUAAAAUGAGAGGAAAAUCUUCGGGGAUUUGCUGGAAAUUUGCUGAUCGCUUGCGUC